GAGGCGGCCCAGGCCCUGUGGAGCCGGAACGGCGCGGCCCCGUCAUGAGCCGGCCGCCGGCCCUGCAGGCGCAGACCUGCGGCCCCUGGGAGAUGAAGGAGCGCCUCGGCACCGGCGGCUUCGGGAACGUUAUCCGCUGGCACAACAAGGAGACCGGCGAGCAGGUGGCCAUCAAGCAGUGCCGGCAGGAGCUGAGCCCGCGCAACCGCGACCGCUGGGCGCUGGAGAUCCAGAUCAUGAAGAGGCUGAACCAUCCCAAUGUGGUGGCUGCCCGUGAUGUCCCUGAAGGGAUGCAGAAGCUUGCACCAAAUGACUUGCCAUUGCUGGCCAUGGAGUACUGCCAAGGCGGAGACCUCCGCAAGUACCUGAAUCAGCUGGAGAAUUGCUGUGGCUUGCGGGAAGAAGCUAUUCUCAUCUUGUUAUCUGAUAUCGCUUCUGCUCUCAGGUACCUUCAUGAGAACAGGAUUAUCCACAGAGACUUGAAACCAGAGAACAUUGUGCUGCAGCAGGGAGAGCAAAGGUUAAUACACAAAAUCAUUGACCUUGGUUAUGCUAAGGAGUUGGAUCAGGGUAGCCUGUGCACAUCCUUUGUUGGGACUCUACAGUACUUGGCUCCAGAGCUGCUGGAACAGCAGAAAUACACAGUGACAGUGGAUUACUGGAGCUUUGGCACACUGGCCUUUGAGUGCAUUACAGGAUUCCGGCCAUUCCUACCCAACUGGCAGCCAGUGCAGUGGCAUACAAAAGUACGACAGAAGAGUGAGCUGGAUAUUGUCGUUUACGAAGACUUAUCUGGAGAAGUCAAAUUUUCUAGUAGUUUACCCUGCCCAAACAAUCUAAACAGUGUUUUGGCUGGGAGGCUGGAGAAGUGGCUGCAACUCAUGUUAAUGUGGCACCCACGGCAAAGAGGUACAGAUCCUACUUAUGGACCCAAUGGGUGUUUCAAAGCUUUGGAUGACAUUUUGAACUUGAAGUUGCUUCAUGUUUUGAACAUGGUUACGGGAACUGUACACACCUACCCUGUGACAGAGGAGGAGACUCUGCAGAGUGUGAAGGCCAGGAUCGAGUUAGAUACGGGUAUCCCAGAACAGGAUCAGGAGCUACUGCAGGAAGCUGGACUUGCAUUGUUCUCCCAGAAGCUGGCCACUAAACAUACAGCUGAUAGCAAGGUGAAUGACACUGCAGCUGCAGACACAGACCUCCUCUUCCUCUUCGACAACCAGAAAGUUACCUAUGAGGCUCAGGUUGCCUUGCGUCCUCAUCCAGAAAGCGUUGACUGCAUCCUUCAGGAUCCAAAGAAGAAUCUCCACUUUUUCCAGUUGAGGAAGGUAUGGGGUCAGAUCUGGCACACAAUCCGGAUGCUGAAGGAGGACUGUAACCGGCUUCAGCAGGGACAGCGAGCAGCUAUGAUGAAUCUGUUGCGUUACAAUAGUACUCUCUCGAAGAUGAAGAAUUCUAUGGCAUCCCUUUCCCAGCAGCUGAAAGCAAAGCUGGACUUCUUUAAAACAAGCAUUCAGAUCGAUCUGGAGAAGUAUAAAGAGCAGAUUGAAUUUGGAAUUACUUCUGAGAAGCUGUUGUUCGCCUGGAAGGAGAUGGAGCAAGCUGUGGAACUCUGUGGGAGGGAGGAUGAUGUAGAUCAGCUAGUGAAGAAGAUGAUGGCCCUGCAGACAGACAUUGUGGACCUGCAGAGAAGCCCACUGGGUCGUAAACAAGGGGGAACACUGGAGGAUUUAGAAGAACAAGCCAGAGAGCUGUACCGGAGAUUGAGAGAGAAGCCAAGAGAUCAGAGGACAAGCGGUGACAGCCAAGAAAUAGUACGACUGCUCCUACAGGCAAUCCAGAGCUUUGAAAAGAAAGUCCGAGUCAUUUACGCUCAGCUGAGUAAAACUGUAGUUUGCAAGCAGAAGGCACUGGAGUUGUUCCCCAGAGUGGAGAAAGUGAUGAAUCUGAUGAAUGAAGAUGAGGAAACAGUUGUUCGGCUUCAGGAGAAACGCCAGAAAGAACUCUGGAACUUGCUGAAAAUUGCUUGUAGUAAAGUACGUGGUCCUGUUACUGGCAGUCCAGAGAGCAUGAACACAUCACGUCUUGGUAGUCCUGGUCACCUGCUACUGCAGGUCCCUUCUGGAACCUACAACUUACCAGAAUCUGUCAGGAAAAGUGAGGAGCUACUGCUGGAAUCACAGAAACUCUGCAGCCAACUAGAAAAUGUGAUGCAUGACACAAUGAAGGAUCAGGAGCAGAGCUUCAUGGCUCUAGACUGGAGCUGGCUACAGCUUCAGGUAGAAGAAAUGAACAGUCCAGAACAAACCCAGAUGUAAAAUCACUUCGCCUGCCUUUUUGAAGACAUGCUAUUUCAGGAAGGCAACUGUGGAAAGCUGCUGCCUCUGAGAAGGGAAGUUCAAGUUCCUCCUACUUUCACCUGCUGCUUAUGUGAUACACGUGGCCUAGCUUUUAGUAACCACCUCUUGGACCUUUUGUCCACAAAGACACAGUAGGAAAUGCCUGUUCUAAAUGCUUGGAAAAGUUCUGAAUCGUGCCUUAAGACAGCAGGUAUUCUUACUCUUUGUCCUGAUGUAUCUUCCUUUAAGCAUCACAUGGGGUUGUUUUGCUGCCUUUUAGGCUGAUGAACAACGGACGCUGCGUGCAGUCAGCUUGCCCAGUCACUGGUAGAUGUCACCUUCCUAAUAUACUUGAACUGUGAACUUUAUUUCUUAACUUUGCUGAUUUGCACUUUUUUUCCUUAAGUGUAAUGGUUGUACUUACCUGGUACUUGUUUCCUAUAUGGGAACGAAAAUGAUCUAAAACAUGUAAACUUUUGGUUUGCUCUUUUUGAUACCCUCAAUAACAUUUUGAUGAAAAAGCUGC